AAGUGACCAGGGAGUCGCGUCCUUACCAUGGGAAGGAGGCUGUGGAUCCGCGGCAGGGGCGGGUCCGAGGCGGGGACCCCACACACUUCCACGUGGCGAAUGCGGUGAAUGUGGCGCAGCCCGUCCGCUUCAGCAGGAAGUGCCCGACAGGGUGGCACCACUAUGAAGGUACGGCCAGCUGCUACAGGGUCUACCUGAGCGGGGAGAACUACUGGGAUGCCGCACAGACCUGCCAGCGCGUCAAUGGCUCUCUCGCCACCUUCACUGACCAGGAGCUACGCUUUGUCCUGGCCCAGGAAUGGGACCAGCCGGAGCGGAGUUUUGCUUGGCAGGACCAGCACAAGUUGUGGGUUGGCUACCAGUAUGUCAUCACUGGCCGGAACCGCUCCUUAGAAGGUCGCUGGGAGGUAGCAUUCAAAGGUUCCUCAGAGGUGCUCCUGCCCCCAGACCCCAUCUUCGCGUCAGCCAUGUCUGAAAGUGACAAUGUGUUCUGCGCCCAGCUCCAGUGCUUCCACUUCCCCACCCUCCGCCACCACGAUCUGCACAGCUGGUAUGCCGAGAACUGCUACGAGAAGUCUUCGUUUCUGUGUAAAAGAAAUCAAACGUGUGUAGACAUCAAGGACAACGUGGUGGAUGAAGGGUUCUACUUUACCCCCAAAGGAGACGACCCGUGCCUGAGCUGCGCCUGCCACAGAGGAGAGCCAGAGAUGUGCGUGGCUGCCCUCUGCGAGCGGCCCCAGGGCUGCCAGCAGUACCGCAAGGAUCCCAAGGAGUGCUGCAAAUUCAUGUGCCUGGACCCAGAUGGGAACAGCCUGUUCGACUCCAUGGCCAGUGGGAUGCGUCUGAUCGUUAGUUGCAUCUCCUCCUUCCUCAUCCUGUCCCUGCUGCUUUUCAUGGUCCACCGACUGCGCCAAAGGCGCCGGGAGCGCAUCGAGUCCCUGAUUGGAGCAAACUGUGAGUGCUGCUGGCCCCUGGGUGUGCCUCCAAGGGGAGUGGGGGCAUGGGAAGCAGGAAGGGGAGGACAUGAUGGAGGCUGUGUGCUCAGACAUGUGCCCAGCAUUGCUCCAGAGCGCCCUUGCCCCACCCCCCCACCUGCUCCUGGGCUGACCGCACACCUGGGGCACUGGAGGAGCUAUCCAAGGGACCAGAAAUCAGACCACGGGCAUGGGAGGGAGGGUGCCCUUGCAGUACCAGCUGACCCUGGGCCUCCUGCUGGGAAAAAAAGCAGCAGAUGUCCUUGGCCACUAGGCAGCCUAGAGUAUGGCUUGCCCUCCUCAGCCCAAUUUGCCUGCAGCAGUCCAUGCCCCCACAUGGCAGAGCCCCAGCAGUGGUGGGAACAUUCAGGCACGAAGAGUGUCCCAUGGUUCUGUCCCCAUACCCUCUUCCCCCAUGCCGGGCCUACUGCCCUGCUGACGCCCCUGUCUCCUCCUGCAGACGAUGAUGCCUUUGAGCCAGCAGAGGCCAGCCCGCCAACCCCAGGGGAUGGUGACAGUGAAGGCGCAUCGCCCCGGCGCCUGGAGCAGCCUCUGCCCGCUGCGGGGACCUCCCUGGCAGACCUGGAAGACUCAGCGGACAGCAGUAGCGCCCUGCUCGUUCCCCCUGACCCCACCCAAGGCGGGAGCACCCCAGCCACAGAGGCGCUGCCAGGGGAUGGCCGCCACAGCCGCAGUUCCCUCAACACCGUGGUGUAGAGGAUGCCCAGCCCAUGGCCCUGAGGGGCAGGGAGCACCUGUUUGUUGUUAGUAAAACUUUGAUCCCCAUGGAGACUUGAAGGGCUCCUGUGUGAGCUUGGACCCAGCCUGCACUGCCGCACACCCCACGAAGGUGUGCACGUGUGUGGAGACGGUGCCAGCCUCCUGAGGGCGCGAGCACCUGCACCAAGUCUCUUGAGGGCUUCGAAAACAUGCAUAGCUCUGGGUCACUGUCUUUUUCUUUUUAAAUAGCAGAAGAAUGACAAAGAUUGUUCAAACCACACAUUUCAGGAGUAGGGAACAAAGAAGGCACUGGGGGCCUGGGUGGGGGCCACAUCAUCCCCGGCUUUGGUGGGCUUGCUCGCUGUACCAUGCCGUCCAGAGGAGUCUGCCGCUCAGCCAGCAGGCCCCGGGUUGCCAUGGUGCACCUCACUGGCCACUGUUCAGGAGGGCACUUCCAGGUGCUGGGGUGUUUGUGGACUGUUAGGAUUGUCUGGGCAGUGGGUCUCUAGGUUGCAACAGUGGUUGCUCUGGGGAUGAUCCCCCACAGGUCCAGCUGUGGACAUCAGGUGUGACCCUGACCCAGGUUGGGGCCUGGCUUGGGACUUUGGUGCCCAAGGCAUUGAGAAGGGGAGCUUGGAAGGAGGUUGAACUCUUCACUCUGUCUUUCCAACUGGGCUCUGCAAAGCCCAGUUCUGUGCCAGGAGGCCCUGGCCCCACCCUAUCGGAUUUCUCCCCAGCAUUGCUGUGCAUGGCUCUCCCAGGAGGCAACUCUGGAGUUGGGUUGAGGUCCUUAGCCACGCAUGAGUGUCCUGGCCCUGGACCCACUGCUGGGGCUUGAGGGCUAAGCUGGCUCCUCUUUUACCCUCUGGAGCCCCCCUCCUGUUGAAUUUGCCCCCAGACCUGGCCUGCCCAUACUCCCACCUUGUUUGUGCCAUAAAGGGUUGUUUCUUUGGGGGGAGGGGUGGCUGAAAUUAACAUCCUGGGCCGUGUCCAUCGCCUAGAAGUCUACUUGUGCCCGUGGCUGCAUGCCACCUUCCUGUCCUCGGCAGCACGGGAUGCUGGGUGCCCUGCCCAAGGGCCUUUUGACCGAGGGACCCUGUUGCCUGCUCCUGGGCAGUGGUCUUAUCUCCUGACAUGGGGCUUUUAGCAUUUCUGAGGUUUGGAGAUUGCGGGUUCUGUGCGAUUUUCAGCACAUCCAUAUCUUUUCUACGUUGAAUGUCUGGAUCUUUUUUUGUGUGCGUGUGUGUCUGUGUGUGUACAUAUGUGUCCAAGUGUUUGCAGGUGGUGGCGGUACAUGGGGACUCGUGCCUCGCUUUCCUGUGCUGGCCGUGGCCUCUUGGGUGGCACUGAGGCAUGGCUGGGUCUAUGCCUCUGCCCCUCAUCUGAGUGCGGAGCCCUGCUCCUGGACUCCCUUUCCAGCCCAGCACGCAGCAAGGGGAGGGCUGACUUGAAGUGGGCCCUUCCGUGGUGCUUUGUGGUGACAGACCUUGAUGGCACAGUCCAGUUCUUGGUGUGUUCUCACACUCUUUUUGGAAACAUGUUUUGUCCUUCCAGUGUGGAAUGAGAUUCUUGAGUUGCUCCACAGAGCUGGCUGGAGGUGUGAGUUUUGUCACUGAACUGCCCGUCCCUGGGCUCCGCCCACAGGAGGUCCGCUUUGCCAAAGGGCUGAUACUUCUUUGAGAAUGGUGUCGUGGGCACAUGUGCCCCACGCUAACUGCUAAAGACAAAGCAGGAAGUGUGUUGUGCCUCCAGCAUGUGCUGGGCUCAGGGCAGCUGAGUUCCAGAGCCGCAGUCACAGGCCUUGUUGGUUCCGGGCAAGGAACCUGAGUGAGGUCUGCUCUGGCAUGACCACCCCAACACAGCCUCACAGGGCCGGGCCCCCAUAGCUCAGGGUCCCUCCCAACCCCGGCGUGUCUGGCCUAGGCCUCAGAACCGUGUGUACAGAACAGAGUGCCUGGCAUGAGAUGUGGGGGACUGAAGGACUGCUGGGGACAGGCAUGCAGGAGGCACUGAGGAGAGAAUGGCCUGAAGCAGACGGACCAUGGAGGCUACAGAGAGUGGCCCUGCUUCUGGACUGGCCAGGGUUCUGUCCAAGGGUGUUCUGUGUCUCAGGAGUUGGUGCCUCGGGAGCCAGGUCCUGUUGGGGAGGGCAGUUGUGAUAGGAGUGAGGGGAAAGCUGGGUCUGCCCAGCUGUCCUCAGCCUCCCAUCCGGUCGCCACCUUUUGUAAACUCUGAUUGUGCUCCGUGGUCCAACCCUGGCUGAGACUCUUGUGCUCCUGUGAGAGAAGCACGAACACUGAGCCCCGGGAGGGAUAGGCCAAGCUCUUGGGCAGGGCCUCCUCCCCAGGGCCUGACCUGCCUGGUGGAGGAGGGAGUUGAAUCUGUACAUUGUCUCAAUGCCUGUUUUUUUAUGUUUUCCUUUCACUAAGGGUUUUUAGUUUGGGUUUAUUUUUGGUUGGGUUGGCACUAAUCCUUAAGAUGCUGUGAGAACCAUUUCAUCCAAAUGCCAAAUAAAUUUGUGUUCUGGAAGA